AUGGAAGCGGGCGGAUCUGGUACUAGGCAAAGAGAGCCUCUCGAUAAUAGACAUUACCGCGACGGCCCCGCCAUGGCGACCGCAGCCCUUAUUAGCCCGAGCUCCCAUUACGGUCCUCCCUCGUCCUUCUCUUCCGGCUACCAACACCACCCAGCUCCAGGACCAAGCAUCGCAGGCAUGAUUUCGCCGAUUGAACCUCGACGACCAUCAGACGAGUCGGAGACUCCUCAUCGACAGUCGCUCCCUUCGCUCUCAGAGGUCAUCUCUGGUGCGAAGCCCAGUCCUUACCCCCCUUCUCAGGGUUCCAGCAUGUCGGGCUCUCAAAGUUUCCCCUCGCCCUUUGCACCUGGACCUCCAAGGUCUUACGCCGAGUCGACGGACAAGAACUCGCCUCGACCUCCUGUUCCUGCUUCGACCUUCGCGCCGAGGCAAGAUGCUCUCCCGGCCAUCUCAGAUCCCCCGAGACCUCCAUUCGCAGGUCGACCGCCUGCGCCAUUGGGCGGGUUCUCUGGACCUCAACCGAGCCCUCCUCUCAAACAUGAGCAUAUGCGCGAGAGCGACGCGCGUGCCGCCGAGAACGCUGGCCCGUACGCUCAACAUUCCAUUCCACCUCCGCCGACGAUAUAUCCGCAUCCCCAACAUCCCCAGCAUCCGGGUCAGCUUCCGCCAGGACAAGUCCCGUUGCCUGGGUAUCCUGUCUCUCCGCGUCACGCUGGUCCACCUCCCCCUUUCCCCUACGAGGCCCAGCGCCCGAUAGCUCACAGAGAAGACCCCGAAUAUGGCCCUGCGCGGCUUACCAAUAAGUUCACUCAGAUUGGUUCAGCAACAAGAACGAUCUUUAACUUCGCCGAGGCCUAUGGCAAGAUUGCCGCGGAACAACAGGGCGCUCAUCAUCCACUGCACGAUCGACUCCCCACCGAGCAAGAAUUGAACGAGAUGAUUGACAAUGUGGAGUACAUCCGGAACUCCCUGGAUUCGGUGCGACAGGUUGUGAAGGAAAGCAAUGAACGUGUACGGGCGGCUGGAAAACAGAAGGGCUACGAUGAUGAAGAUACCCCCAUGUACGACGGUAUGAACAAGACCUAUGGCAUCACCGAAGUCAAGAAGCGUAGGGGGAGAGCUGCACCUCCUGGAAGAUGCCAUAGCUGCAACCGAAUCGAUACCCCGGAAUGGCGCCGAGGCCCUGAUGGUGCACGCACACUUUGCAACGCAUGUGGACUGCAUUAUGCAAAAUUGGAGCGGAAGCGCCAACUCGAGGCUCGACAAAUCCGACCUAAGCCCUCUGAUGAGAGAAGCUGA